GGUGUUCAAGCCCAGACUGUUGCAAAUUUCUUUCAAGCAUUUGACGCGAAUUUAACGAUAAUUCCUGUUAUCAACAAGGUACAGCUUAGACAUUUUUAACCUUUAAAGCUGUAUAACAGUAGCCCAAAUUAUGUGGCGUGAAAUCUAGCUCUAGGUUUUGGAAAAAAAUCAAUGUAACGAAUAGCCUGGUAAGAUCUGCAUGAUCAUAAACUAAGCUAUUAUUGCGUACACAAGAUAUACAUUAUACAAUAAAAGCAGAAAGAACAAAUGAAAUCUUUAGAGAUACUAUACAAGAGAGCACAUGUUCAGAGAACUAGAAAAUGUAGACUGGCAAAAGAUAAUGGUUUGUGGGCAAUCGCCCGAUAAUCUGAUCAAAGUAUAUCGUGAAAUGAUAUGGCCAAUGAAAUGAUGAAGUAGAUAUGGCCGAGAUUUGAUAUUAGUUUCCCCCUCAUAAAAGUUCGAACCGCGUCGCGUGAUCCAGCGUUCAUGUCUCUGCUCGUAAAACAUCUGUUGCAAAAAAGGAAGAAAGCUAUGACAACAAGUGAUGAAGAAUCUAUUUUUCGCCUACAAAAUCAAAUCAACACACUAAUUCGCGCAAACCAACUGAAUGCAGUCCAAUGUGGAACAACGUGAAUAAUAUAACUGGAAGGAAAAGUAGCUCUCUUAUUAAACAAGAUGAAAUACAUGCCUACUUUCAAAAUAUCACCGUUUCCAAUUACUCAGCUCCCUCACUACUUGAAAUUCCUCAAGGAACAUGAAUCCCUUUCCUUUCUACCAGUAUGAUUCACAAUUUCUUAAGAAAACAGAAACGUUCAUCAUCUUGCCCUGAUUAUUUACCGCAUUGGUUUUGGAAAACGUAUACAGCUGAGUUGACCCUAUAACAUAGUCGUUUUGAAAUAAAACAAUAUAAUUAUUUAAAUGAUUAAUGUGAAUGUACAAAGCACUACCCUAGAUUCGUCCACGCACUUACAACAUGCCACGAGUUUACUGUCCCGUGAUUCGAUCAUGUGACCUGUACGUCACAAUAUAUGUCCCUCCUUUCCUUUUAGAAAGAACUUACAUUCAUAACUAAGAACUAAACAAAUCAAGAACUUUACGUUUGUAUAGGUUUAUAUAUGUCCGUGAACUAUUAUAAAACUCUGAACUUGUUCUGUUCCGAGUUGGAUAUCUGCGCGGCAGUUCCGUAUUAGGCAAGUCACCAUUAAAAUCCUGGAUAAUUUGAUCUUGUGGUUCCAUGCAGGUUUGGAUUCGGGAUUUGUUUAAAUACUGAAGCAUUUCUGGUAAUGUUACCGUUAUCUUCACUAGUCGCAGUGACCAUUGUUCCUUUUACUUCUGUUACUCUUUAGCCGUUUUACCAAAUGGUGUAGAUGGCUUAUUUUUUCUUUUGCUGUCGGAAUAAAACAUAAUCUCCUCGCAUGAUUCCGUUUAUCCGCAUAUUGCUUUAUCAUCUCCUUUCUCUUGGAGUCAUUGCUGAUAGCUUUUUCAUGGUUAUCUUCGUUGUCUGAGGGUAUGAUGUCUAACCGGUCCACACUUGGCAGUUUAUUCAGAAUUUUCCGAUUUAAUAAAAGCUCUACUGGGCUGAUACCAAUUGUGCAACGCGGCGUUGACCUGUAAUUCAAUCUAUUUUAUACUUCUAUUAUACGUUUUAUACUCUUAACAUAAUCUUAUUUCUUGUAAUGUACAUAACAAUUUAGCUUUUAAUUGCUAUUAUAUUUGUGCAAAUUUUCUAAUAAUAAUAAUAAUAAUAAUAAUAAUAAUAAUAAUAGUAAUAGUAAUAAUAAUAAUAAUAAUAAUAAUAAUAAUAAUAAUAAUAAAUCAGUUCAAUUGCUUGAUCACGAAUCAUGACUUUUUAUAUGCGUGCCCUUAUAAAUUCGCCAUACUGAAUUUGACUAGGAGUGAGAAUUAAUACAAAGUACAGUAUAUAAACAGAGCUAAGACUAUGUUUUCAUCGCCGAAAAGUUUUGUCUUGCUAUCUAAUUUGCAGUUUGAGGAUACAUUUUGAAAGUAUUAAGUUCUUUGAAAGUUCUUUUUAAGGGUUGCAAACUUGGUUUCCAAGUACAAAAUUUUAUAUAUCAGAACCAAAGCUUGGGCUAACCCCAAUUUUAAAGUGGGUUUUCAAAAUUUGAAUCCUGAGCCAAGGUCUGACCACUCGGAGAAUCAUUAUCAGAAUGAUGAAAUCCGUGAUUCCACUUAUAGACAGUCAUUCAAUGAUUUGAUACAGCAAAAUAACGACAUCUUUAAUGUGGAUGGUGAUCUAUUAGGUUCUGUUAAUUUAGUCGAACAUGAAAUACCUCUACAGCAAAACAGUCUCGCUAAGACCAGGACGACUUGCCCCUAUAUUGAACAGCCGGAAGUUCUCUAGUGAAUUUUAUGCUCUUUUUUUCUUUCAUAUUGAUGGCAAAAUAUGAAAAUAAAAAAAUCCUUCCAUGCAGUUUGUCUUGAUUUUAUCACGCUAUAUAUUGAAUCUAAAUAAAAUACUAUUGAACAUCAUCGCUACAUAUUUUCACGUUUUCUGCCCAGAAAAUUCAAGAAAGAGCCGUCGUUUUCAUAGCAGUCUCGUUUCUAGUGUUCGGUGUAGGGACAAAAUUUAAAAAUAUACGCAAAAGUCGUUAUGAAUUGAAAUAAACAACAAGGAAAAGGCGUCCUAAACUUGGCAGUGAUUUGUGGUUUCAACAAGUAGGCCAGGUUUCGCUUGUUUUCCCGCUUUUCCCCCCGUUUCCUAGGAUAUGGGGCCCCGCGAAUUAUGAGUAAAGUCUAUACACGUUCGGAGUGGAUUUUAUUAAAUUUUACUCAUAUUUAACCAUUCAGCGCCUUCUUCGGUAUCCAUAUAAUGCAUACCCCUCUCUAUAUCAAGCCCCCAUCCCAAAAAUAUCCGUCUCCACUCGAACGUGUCUGGGCAUUCUAUAAUCCCUCCUGUGCGUUAUAGAGGAUUUACGAUUUAUAUUAUUUGUUUGUGACUAGGUAAGUAUUAUUUAAUUAUUAAAUAUUUACAUUGAAUUCCUUGCCUAUAGAUUGACACAGCAUCUGCCAAACCCGAUGAAGUUUUGAAGCAAAUGGAAAGUGUUUUUGGUGUGAAGAAAGAUGACAUUAUACUGGUACGAAGGGAAUGCCGAGGCAUGUUCCCAAAAUUUACAAACAAAACAUUUCAAUAGGAUCAAUUUCGUUGCCAGUGUUAUUAGCUUAUUCGCCUUUAUAUAGAGUGUGUCAAGCGAGUUAAUCGAAAAUUUUACACUGAACUAAAAUUCGGACUUUUAGAUGUCCAACUUUUUCAUUCUAUCAUUAUCAAGGCAAAAAUGGCCAAAUACGAAUCCAAUAAAAAUUGACAGUCGGAAAUUGCAUUUUAUUGACUAUAACAGCAAAAAUGGUUCAACUGACCAAAGAGCAAAGACUUUUUAUUGCUAAAUUAUACGCUCAAAGUACUUAAUAUACUCGUUUUAAAAUAAUUCAUAAACCUUGUGGCAAAUUAUGUCAGCCAUAAUAUGUCACGUGGGGUGACUAUAUCUGACAAAACUCAUCUUCAUUAGUAUUCUUUAUAUAAUUGUUCAUCCUAAUUGGUAUGAUUAUAUAAUUGUUCAUCCUAAUUAGUAUUCUUUUGUAGUCGUAUUUUUAAGCAUUUAAAAAAUUCGUUGUCGUGUUUUAUCAGAUAUAAAACGCUCGAUUGCGCCUCGCGUUUUAUAUCUGAUAAAACACUCCUACGCGUGCUUUAAAUAGUACAUAAAUUAUUAACGCAAUCAAAACACAUGCUGAACACACGAAUGCGUAAUUAACACAACUGAAAGGUGUACCUUUUGAAAUCAAGCCUUGUUGUAAUUUGAAUGCCUUAUUACUAUGCUGAACCCACGGGUGCGUAAACACAAUUGAAUCGAAUUUUAUGCGUGUACUUUGAGUUAAUAUGUUCUUUGAGCGUAUAAUUUAACGCAAUAAAAACUCUUUGCUCUGUGGUAAGUUGAACCAUUUUUGCUCGAGCUGACGGUGUGACUGAUUAGCAAUUGACCUUUUUUGUGCAGUCACACAUAACAUUAGAAGCUGUUUUAAAUUUCCAAGAUGGCGGCGCAAAAUGAAUUGCUGGCCGAGGCAAUUUUGCGCCGCCAUCUUGGAUGUUUACUUUCGUAUACUACGCAUGCGCUGUUAAGACAAUCCGUAAGCAAAAGGCUUUCGUUCGCCGCUCACGGAAAGAUUUUGGCACGCGAGGCAGAAAUUAUCAAACAUGUUUGAUAUUUGGCGUAAGUGGCACGAAUGACAAAAGUUGUUCGUAAAUCGCCCGCACACGAGAGCUAUCUCCUUAUGCCAAUGGGCACGAAUGAAAUUUGGCUAAGCACAUAGCUCCAGUGUGCGCCGGCCUUAAUCCAGCCCCCCUCUCCGACAAUCUGACGUCUGUGUUGACAAAAAUUUUCCUUGCUUAAGCUUCCUUCUGUUUGUCGGCAACACUGUUUUUGGGUUCCUGCGCCAUAUAACACCCGUUUAUCAAACGUUUUACCUGACAUAAAGUGAUAUUAAAGGAUAUGGCAAUAAAAAUUAACUUUGCCUUAUUUGAAAGAACCCUUAAAGUUAUAUAUGCUUGGUUUUCGAAAUAUUUUGACCUAAGUGUUUGAUGACGUCACAAGCAGGGUAAAGUUGUUAAUUAAAAAUUCUUCAUGUGGGGCUAAAUUUCUUCGAAAAGUUUCUUAAAAUGUUGUGAGUUAAUUGAGUACUAAAAAGACUUCGGAAAAUCGAGUUUCAUAUUGAUAAUGACAUGUAGUUGGCAAGAUAAAAAUUUCGCUUUUUACCCUACUUGUGACGUAUGCAUAUCGAAUGCAUAUCCAAGAUGGCUGAAUGCACGCUGCUUUUGAUCAAAUAAGUCGAUUUAUUUCCAAAACCAAGCAAGAUAUGGAGUAAUUAUAAUCAUUUUAAAUGCUCUUUUAAAUAAGCCAACUUAAUUUAUAUUGCCAUGUCCCUUUAAAUAAAAUGAAUUAAUUUUUCAUUGUGUUGAACUCCAAAUAAAAGGAUUACACAACAUAUUCUAGAAUUUGAAAGUUAAUAAUUCUGCGGUUAAAAUUUUAUCCCUUUUACUUAUUUUGCCUUUUUGUUAAAUUUAAGAGUUUUGGAGUUUACAAAAUUAAAAAUAUGGUUUUCAUGUGACAGUAGCAACUAUGCCGUUGUUAGAGCUCGGGUUCAUCUUGAAGCAACAUUGUGAAAUCAGGAAUCACAGUCGCUCUGUUAAGAAAGGGCGAGGGGUCGGUAUAUGUAUUUCUUGAAAUGCGCCCUGUAACAAUGCGUUUUCCCCCUUUUCUUGCAGUAAAUUUCAGUACACAGUGGUUGUUUUCGUAACAAUAACAGUAAUAUCAGGCUUAGUUAUACUUGCUUGGUUAAUCAGCUGUUCUUCAAAGACAGUGCAUUUGAUAACAUAGCUUAUAAAUUGGAACUUUUAGGUUUCAGCAAAAGAAGGAUGGGGCGUGGAACAGCUGCUUGAGACUGUUAUCAAACGAAUUCCCAGGUAUGUUUGGAAGAUUAAGUGCGUUCCUGUCAAUGUUAGAUUUGUAUUUCUCUGCAAUAACAUUCUUGUUGAUGGUGAUUUCUCAUUUUAAAAAUUUUAAUUUCCUUUUAAGACCACCAAACGAUUUGAAAUCUCCAUUAAAAUGUUUGGUUUUUGAUUCAUGGUACGACCGUUAUAGAGGAAUCAUUUGCCUCGUCGCUGUUGUACAGGGAAGAAUUAAGAAAGGUUAGUUCUGCAUAAUGACAUAUACUUUUCGUAUGUGUCAUUCAUAACACAGCUUUUAUACAAACAACGUGCAAAUUCAGUUUGCAGUAUUUAGGCUGCUAUACAUGUCUAACACUGUCGCAUCUCGCGAGCCGUGACAAAUCGUGACGACUUGUGAAAUGCCAACCCGUCACGACAUGUAAAAUCAUGUGAAAAAUGUUUUUGCCAAAUAUUUAGCCAAAAGGAGAGCGAUAUUUGCCUGAAUAUCACAAUAAGUUGGACUUCCAUUAAAUUUUGUAAUUCCUGCACUGGUCAUGCUCUUUAACUUUGAUUUGAUUAAUUUAUUUGAUUAAUUGGUUUAAUAAACCGUUUGGCAGUAACCUUAUACAAUUGGAAUAUGACCUAUAAUUAAUAUUACGUAUUACUAAUACAAUCUCUGUUUUGAUUGGCUGCCGGCCUACGGUUAAUUCGUGAUGUUGUAUAAUUCUGACGUCACAACUGCAGACAAUGGUUGUCUACAUGUAGAUAUGACGCCAGUCAGCUUGUUUACAGUAAACACGAAGAAAGAGUAGCCUAAACAUGCCGAAUUCUUCAAAGAGAUUCGCCACGGUAACUGAGAACGAUUUACAAAAGCUAUUGGACGAAAAGGCAGCGGUAAACACUAAACGAGCUACGAAGAUAGCUGUGAAAGUUUUUACCGAGUAUAUAAUAGAAACAAAGAUAAGCGAACCUCAAGACCAAGAGUCAAUUACCAAAGUCCUUAAACUAUUUUACGCCGAAGUUCGAAAAGAAGAAAUUGUACUCACGUUGUUUCUCGCUUUGAUUUGUUUAUAUCACUGUAUGAGUAAAACCGUUGACUGUUCUAGACAUCAGACGUUAUUAAAUGUUAUUAAAAUUGUUUACAAAGAAUCGUGUCUGACUUAGGCAAAGAAGCCAUUCUUUGCCUUGAUUAGUUAUAGUAUUACUUUCCCUUAGUCAUUCUUAUGCGUAAUAAAAUAAUUAUUGGACUCGAUUUUCGCGUGAUAUCGAGAAUUACCAAGCCCUGGGUUUGUAUAUCCGCUUCAACCUUCGGCUUGGGCUGAUAACACAAACCUCAGCCUUGAUAAUUCUCGAUAUCACGCUCAACCUCAUCCAAUAAUUAUUUAAUAUUUAAAAGUAAUAAAGUUUUUACAACGGUCAGUGUUUGCAUAAAUCCUAGGAACGUGAUCAGAUCUUAAAUUAUAAUUAUGCUCACUAUCAAUAUUAACUUUUAAGUUUAAAAUUUCUUCAAGUGGAUUAUUGAAAGUUUGUGAUCUGAUUUUGUAUUUUGUUAACAAAUUUGCAACAACAAUUCGUUCUUCUUAUAUUCAAAUGUUCUAAGUCUGACAUCUUCAAUGCGUUUUCUUAGGACAAAAAGGGAUACAUGUACACCAAGUUAGAAAGGCCAACUGUCAACCAACUCAUUACUUUACUAUUACUGCCUAAUAGUGAAAGAAAGCCACAGAGAAAUGUUGUAAUCCUUAUUUCAAAUGUUUGUAUUGGCUCAUUUCAAUUGUCAAUGACUGCAUGUGUUUACUUCCUCGAUUGAGGAUCUUGUCGUUUCUUUUCCUGGUUGUGUUGGUUGAAUUGAUGCCUCUGGUUGCGAAUUUCACCAGUCGUGAAAUGCGACAGUAUUGGACAACCAUCUAGGCUGUAUACAGUUUUUAAAUAUAUUCCUCAGGAGACAACAUCAUGACGUGUAGUACAAAACGAAAGUUCGAAGUUCUUGACCUUGGAAUUCUUCAUCCAGACGAAACUUCUACUGGAGAAUUGUAUGUAUAAAAUAAGCUACUUUAUUUAGAUUGUCUUAUAAAUGUUAACGGGAAAACCACAUGCAAUACCACAGUUUCUUUGCGCGAAAAAUGGAAUAGACGUGCAUGUGAUGAACAAUCGACAAGCAAUUUGGGCUGUAUAACUGAAUGACGCGAUGAAACAGAUGCUCACACUGGAAAAAAGUUUGAAAUUCCAUAGAAGGUCAUAGUAUGGAAAUUGAAUGGAUCUUUAUUGGAAAUAGAAUGGAUUAUAUAUUUCCAUAGUAUGGAUAUAGUAAGGAAAUAGUAUGGAUAUACUAUGGAUUUAGUGGUGCAAUUGCAAAUUUCGUAGUAUGGAUUUCACCUUUUUUUCCAGUGUCAAAGAGACACUGCAGUAUACACUUCCAUUUUCUACCCAGAGGUCUAGAUUUUACAUGCAGUGGUGAAGUUUGACCUUCACUGAGGAACCUUAUAGUUGAACUAGAUGUAUAUAAGAAAUUAUGGAGCAGUGCAAUGUUUUGGAUGUAGCUCUAUCUUAGUAUUUCUACAAUAUGUUGCUCUAAUGCUGUACUUAAUAUAUAUUUUCUUUGUUGAUAUAUAGGUAUGUAGGUCAGAUCGGUUACAUCGUAACGGGGAUGAAGACCUCUGACAAUGCUCAGAUUGGUGAAACAUUCUGUCAUGUUCAACUUCCUGUUUCACCGUUAGAAGGAUUCAAGCCAGCAAAACCCAUG